GAUUCUCUCUACAGAGACCUCCACAGCACAGCGAUCCAGCCAUGACACCGACAACCACUGCAGAAAUGACCAGUUCUCAGGAUCUGACUCUGAAUCACAAGCUCAGAAAGCCUCUGGUGGAGAAGUUACGCAGAGAGCGAAUCAACACCUGCAUUGAGCAGCUCAAGUCUCUCCUGGGUCCAGAGUUCCUCAAACAGCAGCCAGACUCCAAACUGGAGAAGGCAGACAUCCUGGAGAUGACCGUUUGCUUCCUGAAAGAGCUACAGCAUCAGAGAAACCUGCUAACGCACUCCAACAAGCUGCAGACUGCCUCUGAUGAGAAGCUGAAAGAAGCUGACUUCUCUAUUCUGAGCUCCACAGUUCAGACCAGCAUCACCCAAUGCUCUCUGGAGACAAAAGACAACAGCGACCUCUGGAGGCCGUGGUAGAACACUCACACUGGAGUCCAUACCAGACAAGCUAAACAGACCAUAUUGGUCAGACAUGACUGGACUGAAUUGUUUAUAAUUCUGUGGACUUUUUCUUCUGUAUGUACAGAAGGUUUUACUUUGUGUGUUCUUGUGUGUGUGCAAAAUGACAUUUCCUAAGGAAAUGACAUUAACGGUAUCCUACAUGUUAGGAAAGAAAAACAUCAUAAGAUGCAUAUUGCAUGAAUGAAAUCUGAUUGAACCUGCAAUCAUUAUUAUACCUGAGGUGUACUUCUCAUACUGAUUAUGUUAUAGUAAUACUUUUUACCAUUAUUGAUUUUUUUAAAUCUAAAAUUGAAAUGUCCUCUUUCUGACCAGAAAGUAAUAAUGAACUUUACCUGAACUGGACUCACUACAACUCAUUGUGGGUUGAAUUGUGUAAUUGGGUUAUUUAUAGCUUUUUAUCAUCAGUGAGAGUUUUUAUUUUUAUCCUUUGUGGAUAAAACCUUUUUUUAAAUAAAGUUUACUUCAGUGUAAGUGAUUAAUGAAAAGGGAUCUGUUUUAAGAUCACAAUAAUUGUUUUGUAGAAAACAUUACAUUUAAGUCACUCUCAGAUUUGAAGAGACAAUGCCGUUUAUUUUAAUGGUUUUACCUGACCUGUUUUAAGGUCAAUUUUUGUUAAUUUUUCCUUUGUUUGGGGAAAAAAUUGUCAUGGCUUCCUAAAUACUGCAAAUCCAUUGUCUUUCAUAAAGACAGCUUUCCCUCUACUCUUUCUGAGUACAGUGUCUCUUGUAGAAAACAAGUUGUUGUUGUGAUGGAUCAUCACCUCCUGUUUGAGCUUUCGUUCAUGCUAAAUAAACAAACACCGUAAGAUGAAAA